CCUGCCUGCCUACCUUCCCCUUUCUUUGCAUUGUUACGUCCAACUAACGAUGUGGCCGCUGCAUCUGUAGUUCCUGCCACCUGUGGCAGCAGCACUCCUAUUCCCCCUACGCCACACAGAGAGAGAGAGAGAGAACCAAAAAAGGGGAGCCGAGAUAGGUCGGAGAGGAAGAGGAGGAGGAUAUCUUUCAUGAUAAGUGGACUUCUGACAGACAGAGCUCCUCGCUGCAUACCCAGCUGACACAAAUGAGAGAGUCCUAAAACCAGCACCAUGCCUGGACUCAUUAACAAGGAGAACCGGAGCGCUCUGCCCCUCAGCGUCUCUGACAUCACUUCCUGUGUAAGGGGUUAUACUCUGGCCAUGACAGCCUCUAUGACCUACGAAAAUAUUGAGGAUCAUGCAAUCGAGGGAAUUUUCAUUUAUCCGCUGGAGGAAAAUUCUAUUGUUGUGGGGUUUGAAUCUAUGAUAUCCAGUCAGAUUAUAACACUGCAAAUCAAAGACAAGGCAAAAAUUGACGACUGUUAUCUGGAUUGCUGCAACACAUCUAAUGGAGCCCUGCAGAGUGGCAGCGGACACAUAGUGAUUGAUGAGGACCUCGGGAGGACAGUGUUAGUGGUCAACCUUGGGGUCAUCCCUCCCAUGGAGACGGUCCAUAUUCUGGUCAGUACCUCCUCUGAGCUCUCCACCCUGCCCAACGGAGGCAUCAGUGUCUCGUCCCCUCCGGCGUGUACACCUCGGGUACAGAGGACCAUCAACGAGGAGCAGGGACUGUCCCCAAACUUCUCCAGAACGCGGGACAAGCAUAGCUGUGCCUCAAGUCCCCACGAUCAAACUCCCAACUCCCCUCAACUGUGGUUGGCUUCACUGCUGGAGGAGGAGGCCAUCAACUCAAUGGACUACGAGUUUAACUUCCAGCUGGAGAUUCGGGCUCCCUAUCUCCUCGCAGGUGUAGAGAGCCCGUCUCACGCUAUCCGAGCCGAUGCAGACCCUCUGGCUCGCUCUGCCACCAGUGUCGUCAUCACUCUGGCUGACAAGUACACUUAUGACUGUCCUGUCAAAAUCCUCAUCUAUCCCAGCGAGCCUCAUCUGCCACAUGUGCUCAUUGAGAACGGAGACAUGACGCAGGAGGAGUACGACGAGUAUCUUCAUGGCCGGAGUGAUUUCAUCAAGGCCACCAAGAAGGACUCCAGCAACGAAAGGAAAGUAGAUAUCAUUCACAGGCGACUCCACAAGGACAUCCUCCACAACCCUGUGGUCAUGUUAAACUUUUGCCCUGACCUCAAAUCCAUCAGCUCAGACCUGAGGAAGGUUCAUGGCGAGUUCAUCUUCCUCAUUGACCGCAGCGGCAGCAUGAGUGGGGUUAACAUCAACCGUGUGAAGGAUGCCAUGGUGGUGAUUCUCAAGAGCCUUGUGCCGGGCUGCCUUUUUAACAUCAUAAGCUUCGGCUCCACAUUCAAAUCGCUUUUCACAACCAGCCAGAACUACGAGGAGGAAGCCCUGGCCCUGGCGUGUGAGUAUGUUAGGAAGAUCAGAGCCGACAUGGGGGGUACCAACAUCCUGGCGCCGCUCAAUUGGAUCCUGAGGCAGCCAAUGUUCAGUGGACACCCCCGCCUACUCUUCCUGCUCACUGAUGGGGCUGUAAGCAACACAGGCAAAGUUAUUGAGCUGGUCCGCAGCCAUGCACGCUACAUCAGAUGUUUCACAUUCGGCAUAGGACAGAACGCCUGCAGGAGGCUGGUGCAGGGACUGGCGACAGUUUCCAAAGGAACAGCAGAGUUCCUGGCCGACGGAGAGAGGCUGCAGCCCAAGAUGAUAAAGUCCCUGAAGAAAACCCUGUCUCCAGUACUCAGUGACAUUUCCAUUGAAUGGCUCUUUCCUGAGACCAAAGAAGUGCUGCUGUCCCCCGUGGGCAACACCUUCCUGUUUCCAGGGGACAGUCUGAUCGGCUACAGUGUGGUGUGCGACACUACCCGCUACCAUGCCAACCCUAAAUCUGAUAAGAGGAGGCGAUACAGCAUGAUGCGCUCCAUCGAGUCAGCCAGCUCCGUGUUCUACCACUCACAAGAAGAGGACGUGUUGAGGACAGGUAGCGACAGUCAGGGGUCCUACAAGGAAUCACCUCUGUACGAUCCCUACCAGGACUCUAUGACAGAUAGCCCUGCUGCCACAGAGCAGGACACCGCAGGUUUGGAUUGUAAGACGUCUCCGAGAAGGCGUGCGUACAGCACCAACCAGAUAGCAGACUACAACCCGGCAAAGAAGGUCUACACUCCCAGUGAUCCCAGUUCAGUGGUGGCAAAGAAUCCACUGAGGCGAGCCAAAGUCCAGGAGCUGAUAGGCCAGAUGAGCCCUGAGCACGAGGCGCAGUGGAGGAGCGACUACCAGCCGCAGCUGGCGAGCCUGUGUGCCACAUCUUCCAGAGGGCGUCCUGCCAGCUGUCACAGGCCGCUCCCUCAGCAGGAGCCGCCUCUGCCACAGGAAGCUGACUCAGAGCCUCAUUUCCAUACGCAGCCUCAGGACAACCCUCAGCCCAGUGGUAUCGGCAUGCCGCCUGCAGCUCGCAACUCCGCUGGGGAGGAUGGUUCCAGAUCGUCCACUGACAGCCCCUCUGUUGGCAGCAUCGGAGACACGGAUGGUUACGGACACCAGCUGUGUCAAGCAGAAACCCCGCAGGAGACCCAGACUUCAGAUCUGGGUGCAGCCAACCAGCUCAAAGGUGACUGCAAGGCCGUGGUGUCUGGGCUGCUGUGUGGGAAACUGGUGAAGUGGGAGGUCGUCUUUGAUAUCGAGCCCUUUCUGAACGGCCGGGAACGUGAGGAAAAGGUUCACGAGGAGCUGUGGAACGAGACCUUCCACCACAUGGCGGGACGCUCCAUCAUUUGUGACUUUGAGCACAUGGCGGAUAAGGAGUGUGAGAUCGAGCACGGCUCUGGCAGGAAGUACCAACUCUACGCCAUCCACACCAGCAAGGCCUGCAAUAUACUGAGCAAAUACACGGCCUUUGUUCCCAUCGACCUGGACACCAAUGAGUAUUUGCCGACAUGUAUUGAAUACAUACAGCCAGCUGAAGGUGUGAAGAAGGGCUCGCACUCCAGGUCUCGUUCAGGGAGCAGGAAGAACAGAGGCUACUCCAUCGGACUGGGUCGCUCUCAGUCUGGCGGCAUGUCUGAGGAAGCUGCUGAAGAUGCCCUGCUGCCCAACAAUGGAGAGGACAGUGUCUCUCCAUGUAGCACCCCCUCCUCCUCCGGCUGGGAGCGAUGUAGCUUCACAGAGGGUACGUGCAACACAUCAACUGUCUCCCAGAGGAGUCCGUCUGUGACCUCUGACCAAUCACAGAAAUCGGUGGAGAGCCUUUUUUCUGCCAGAUUGGCCCUCAGCAGGACUCGUCUCCUGACUCGGGCCGCCAAAGGAUUCAUGUGUCGAUCUCACAGCAAGUCCGGUGAUUCAAGUGGAGAGAGUGACAACGAGAACAAAGACUACAUCCCUCUGGUAUUGCUGCAGUUGGCUAGUGGUGCAUUUCCCCUGGACACAGCUCUGUGUGAUGCCAUUAGUGUGCCCAUGGACAAGCUAAAAUGGACGUCCCCCUUCACCAGUCACCGCACCAGCCUGGGGCACCUGUCUCACUCCAGCAGCCGCCGUGCUGAGAGCGCUGAUGGCGAACGCAGAUCCCUGUGUGAACCAGAAACAUAUCAGCAACCUGCAGAGUACACUGUAGGCAUUCACAGCCCGUCUCAUCUGACCAAGAGCUCCUGGACGGAUGCUGGCCCUUCCUCAUUAGGCAGUCCCUCCUCCGCCGCUGCUGAGCCCCCGCUCUCCCCACACUCCCAGGGGGACAGCGGACGGGGCUCCGGGUCAGGGGCUUUGGAAACAGCAUCGCCCAGCAGCAUGCUAAAGAGGAUGCUGGAUCCAGAGAGCAUGGUGUGGGCCACAGCUGUGGCCCUCGCUUGGCUGGAGCACAGCUCCGCCAGUCAUUUCAUAGAGUGGGAACUGGUAGCCGCCAAGGCCAGCAUGUGGUUGAGUGCGCAGGAAAUCCCAGAGGGCCGAGACUUAGCCUCCGUCAAGGCUGCCGCCAACCAGCUAUUCAUCAUCCUCAGACACUGGGAUGAAAACCUGCAACUGAACAUGCUCUGUUACAACCCGAACAGUGUCUGAGGCCUGCUAAUCCAAGGCUGAAAAUACAGACCGCAGAAAGUACUCAGCUCCAUGUGAUACUAUGCUAACUGAAGCUGUACUGAAGCUGUACUAUUCUCUGUUCGGCAGUUUGUCCUCUGGAGUCUGAUUUUGCCGUUGCAGUUGUGAACAAUGUGUAUUUUCUUUUGUUCGUGUGCUGUUCCUCCAAACAUAUCACAGGCUCUUCAGAGGCACUACGUGCAAGCUGUUACCUCGCUGGUGCCAUAUACUGUAGCUGGAUCCCUGUAAGCACGGGAUCUGAUCAGAGCUAUGCCACAGAUUUGAGUUUCAUGACGACAAAUGUCAGUGUUAACUUAGUAGCAUGCUGGACCACUGACCAUCGAGAAAUGCUCUUAUUGUCAUCAUAUUGAUGUUAUGGGGAGAAUGCUGCAAAACAACUGUUUGAGAAAACUGUUCCACUGAUUGACACAUACUGUUUCUACAUUUUCAUCAGUUUCUGGAUUAAUUGUACUGUGGAAAAUGUUACAUGACAACAUCUGGGCCCUUGCUAGCAGUACUGCCUGUCUUUUCUAAUGCCCGUUACCAUUACAGUGUUCUGAAUAUUUGCCCUUUCUCUGGUUUGAUUAUCGCAGACACAGAAAAAUAUGCAAAAAGCUCAAGAAAAUAUAAAAUAUAUGUUCAGAUUUGUUUAAAAAAAUAAGUGUGUUUGGUGGGAAUCUAUGAAUGUGUAUCCCACUAGCAUGUAAUUUACUGUUUAUUAUUUAAGGAGACAUACAGUUUAUAUUUUUUCACUUAUCUGAGUAUACCUGUCUUAGAGUAGAGGUCCUGAUCAUUCAUUAACUUUAACCAGAUGGUCCGACCAAAAUUAACCUUGCUACAGGCUAAAUGUUCACUAUGUAAGUGGAUAUUUAUGCCUCACCAAUUUAAAAGGGAUUUCACAAACCAUGAUUCACAAAGUUGUUAUUAAACUUUUACACCCUGUAAUUGCUGCGUAGCUAACUAAACCAACUGACAAAGGGGACUGCCCGUUGUUUAGACAGGCCAAAAUUCUGAAGCCCUGUUAGUCAGAAAAAAAGCCCAUUUCUCCGACUGUCCUAAAAACAAACGCUCAUUACUCUGAGAUCCUGUUUCUCCAAAAAAUACACACACUCCCUGCUGUUUAUGGACCCAAUUGAAAAAAGAUGUCAAACAUUUCUGUCAACCAUGGGUAAGUUAUUUGUACAUUAUUUCGUAAUGAAUGUGAACAAAACCCACUUGGUUAUGCUCCGGCAAAGAUCAUAUUUGGGCUUAAAACGCCUACGUUUGGUGGCACAAAAGACACUAGAAAAGCAGGGAUGGGUCGGUGAAAAAUACCCGGGAAUGGAGGCCUAAACAUGCUGAAAAUGCAGCAAGGAGUCAAUAAAAAACUCAGGAAUGGUGGAUUAAACAUUGAUGAUAAACAAAAUCGCAAAGGGUCGAUAAAAACACCUGGAAUAGGUGACUGAAAUGUGUUCAGGCUGGGAUUGGUGGAUCAAACAUGCUGAGAAACGCCACAAUGGAUCAGUAAAAAACACCUUGGAUUGAAGGUUUGAAUGUGCUGAGAAAUGCUACAAAGGGUCAUUAAACACUGGGGAUCAGUGACUCAAAUGCCACUAGGAAACCGAAACUAACUGCAAGGAGUGUGUAUUUUGUGUAGAAAAGGGGACUUUGGAGCAUUGGACAUUUUUUGGAAUAACAGGCUAUCAGAGAAAUCAUUAUUCUGUCCAACUGCCAUGGGCCAAAGAAGGCUUUUUCCCAUUGACUUACAUGGUGAAAAAUGUAACUCAGUGGAUACAUUUUUUGAGCAUCACAACCCUUCCAAAAUGACUUGUUUCAUUAUCAGAAUUUGAUCCAUUUGGUCUGGUAACAUUUAGAAAGUCUAGAGGAGCUGCAAGAUUAAAUCAUUUUAUUACCAUACAAGUUAGAGGAGCACUAAACCUGAAAUUACCCCUCUCUAGAAGUCUCUAGUGUGCCUGCUCUAUGGGUCCUAGGAUGCGGAACAUCCAGGUAAUUUCAUACACAGGAAAUGUUUUGGCUUCAUGUGCAACUAAGCAGCUUUCAAAGGAAUGAACAGGGACCUUCCUCCAAUGCUGUAUCCAGUCGUCUUAAUACAUCCAUGAGGUGGAUGGAUGGGUCAAACAAACCCAGGACUUUCACCCAGGAGACUGCUGUUUGCGCCCAAUGUGAGACCAAAAGUCAUCGUUGACUUGUUGAUGUCACGUGGUGACGUACCACGUUACAAAAUGUACGUACUUAUUUCAACCGAAACCAUGAUGUUUUACAAAACCUUAACAAGUAGUUGUGUUGCCUAAACCUAAACGUAAACCACUUCUUUACAAUGUUAAAUAGCGCCUUUUGGCGGUACCUUCCAACGGACAUAUAUGUAGUUUUGGAAGUCAUUGGCAGACAACCUAUUCUGUUAUUGGAAUGAGGACAUGUUGGUUCUGUCAUGCUUACAGCUCAUUUACCGCAAGUGCCUAUCCAAGGUUUCAAGAAGGCAGAAAAUGUAGAUCUGUUCACUACAGUUUAAUCAGUGUGGGUAAUGAUUGGCUCUUUUUCUUAAACAUACGGUAGGUACCCUCCUUUCUGUCUUUCUUUCUUAUUUCUUUCUUAAAUCUGUGUGAGGUCGGUGCAGGCAUCUUUCAGUAUUGAUUUUCCUCUUUCCUGUUCCAUCACAGUGUUGCUUUACUCAGGUAUUUAUUCAUUUUUUCACUCAGGCUGAGUUGCAUAAAUCCUUCUGCAUGAACACAGGUGUUUGUUAUGAUGUUUAAUGACUGAAUUGCCACAUUGGAGCCGGUAGUGCAGUAAAUGCUCUCUGAAAUGACAAAUACAGUAGAUGUCAUGUAGUAAUAGUUUUUGUGCAGUAAUUGCAGUAGUUGAGUGCAGCUGUAAUUGUUAUAAAUUGUAUUUUUUAUGUACUGGGUCAGUUGUAUAGUGCAGUAUCUUUCAACUUGCUGUGUGUGCCUUUAUAAAUGAUUGUUGACUGUUUGAGGCUGUUGAAAGCUUCUGUAGUGUCUUUAUAACUGUUAAUGCUAUGAUCGGCUCUGCAGGUGCAUGUAAUAAAAUAACUCUACCACCAAAGUCACAAGUUUCCACAGCUAUUAUUGUCUCGUCGCUAACAACAAGGGGUACCUCAGGGAUCAAUGCUCGGUCCCCUCUCUCUUCGUCAUAUUCCCAAUGUACAAAAGGAAUAAGUUGCUAAAGACACUUACA